UUGCCUCCUUCAGCUCUACCAUGAACACAAAAUCGUGUGUGUUUCUGCUCCAGCGCUCCAGGAUGGGGUUCAGACUUUGUGCCAGAGGGCACAAGACUCCUACCUGUCCUCCGUCACCUGUACCCUGCAGACGCUCUUACUCCAGCAGCAUCAAGGUGCGCCCCUAUCUUCAGUACAUGAAACGCAAGAUCCUACCCCCUCCCAGUCCUCCAUACAGUCAUGUGUGCCAGGUAGGCGACCCGGUGCUGCGUUCGCAUGCAGCCGCUGUAGACCCUGUGUCAAUAGCACACCCUGAGAUCCAACAGGUCAUCAACACUUUGGUGAAAGUGAUGCGGAAACUUGAGUGUGUGGGACUGAGUGCGCCUCAGAUUGGGGUGCCACUCCGCAUCCUGGCCCUGGAAUAUCCCGAGAAGAUGCUGAAAGAGAGUUUGCCUGCAUCGAGGGAGGCCCGUGGUCUUUCCGUCCAGCCCCUGAGGAUCUUUGUCAACCCCCAGCUGAGGGUCCUCGAUGGACGGCCCGUGCUCUUUCAGGAGGCCUGUGAGAGCAUCUCAGGCUUCUCUGCUGCAGUUUCACGCUACCAGUCCGUGGAAGUGUCUGGACUGAAUGAGAAGGGCGAAGCGGUCACGUGGCAGGCCAGUGGCUGGCCGGCUCGUAUCCUCCAGCACGAGAUGGACCACCUAGACGGGGUCCUCUACAUCGACCGUAUGGACAGCAAGACCUUCAUCAACAUCAACUGGCAGGCACACAAUGACUAGAAGAUCCUUAGGACAGAGCAGACGCAUUUCCAUAAGAAUCUCUAAAUCUGAUUACAUGCAGUGAUUUGAUAAAAGUUUUAUUCAGCUCAGAGCAUCAAAAAACUUUGAUGGUGUCUGUUUAAUCUUUCAUGUCCAGAAAGUGAUAGCUUUUGAUGUCUGGUUCUGGUUGGAAUAAGAACUCGUUGUCAGGAUCAUCGGGAACUGCUUCAACUGAAAAUCCAUCACUGGAAGUAAAGUUUCUCGGAUUGCUAGAAGCUUCAGGGCCAAAAGCCCAAAGCAUGUUCUGUCGCCCUCAGGUCUGUCUAAUGAAUAAAGAGGCUAAUAUGUUCAUUAAAAAAAAAGAGUUGAAUC